CGGAAAAAUGGCGGACGAAGAGGAAGAAUCGCCCAGAGAACGCCUUCUUCAAAGGCAGAAAAAAGAGGCUAAAGAACUUCAGGGUAUUCUUUCUACUUAAGCUACUCUUUAGGUUCUAAGUCUAGUUAAUAGUCGGAUUCUGAUGCACUGUUUCGAUAAAAACUGAUAAAUAACAAAGCUCAUGAUCAUGCUGUUUUGUUUCUAGCUCAAAUACAGUCGAUGAAACAUUCUGUUCCCAAAGGCGACAAAAGAAAGAAGAAAGAAAUAACUCUUGAGAUUACCAAGCUCGAAGAACAAUUAAAUACCAGGCACAAGGAAGAGCUUGAAUUAUUGGAACGUGAAUCAAAUUUGGUAACUUGAAAGACAAAUCAGUCUUUUAAUAACCCUUUUAUUCCCGUGAACUUUAUCAUGGAAACUAACUCCAAAAGAAUAUGUAACCCUGUGCUCGUGUUCGUUUAUAAUUAAAUUUGAACAUCUAUCUGUAGGGAAAAAAAAUAAUGCAGGUUGAUUUCUCUUGUGGCAAGCUUUGUAAAGAUCAUGCUAACAGACCCUCCAACUGCUAAACCAUGCAAAUCUGGAGUGUUUGAAAGAAAGCCCCCAAAACCCUGGAGAUUGGGACCUCAAACCCUGAAAUUUAUUUUGCCAUGGUAUUCUUUACCCUACACGUGGUCUCUGUUGUAUUCUCUUGUUGCUAUUUGGGCAGCGAUGAGAAGAUUCUGUUUUACCAUCUAGGUUGAUGGGACGGCGAGUAGCCAAGUGAGUUUGCUAUAAGGCUCUCCUACAGGCAUUAGUGAACCUAUCUUUUAUGCAUAUGAGGUUGGAAUUGGACUCAAGUCUCCCCUAAAAUAAUAUUGUUACAAUUUGUGCGGUUCUUAGUGGAAUGGUCUAACGAUUUUAAGUGAGAUUUGGAGGUUAAAUUGUGAGACCAUAAGUUGACUUCCCAAACUGUAAGUCUCAUGGUCAAACCAUGAGCGUUGGAAGGGUUGGGCUAAGAAAGAUUUUUGUAGAAUUUAAACAUUGUUUUCUUUACUUUGGAAGGAUGAAGUUGUCUUUGGGUAUAAACAUAGGAUGAUAUCUAGUCAAUCAGAUACUAGUGUUUUCAAUAGCUUGGCUAUUCAGUUUGAAUUUGUGUACCAGGAGAUUUCACAACUAUCACAGCCAGCAACCCUAAUAUAAACUCACAAAACGACUCCUUUAAGUACACUCAAUAAACGUUUCACUGAAACAUAUUUUUUGUCAUUACAUCACAUUUGAAACUGAUUAUUAGUUUACUUCAGUGGAGCAAUCAUAACUACCGCAAUAUUCAUUUUCUUCUAGAACAGAUCAAUGCUCUGACUUAAGAGAACAGCCACAUAAACAGAGAGUGGUCUGCCUUUGAUCUAACUUUUAGUCUGUUGAUGAAAUCCUAUUACAAUAUCCGUGUCCAAGUUAUUGAUUAUUGGAUGUUUAUAAGUAAUAAAAUGAAAGCACAGAUAACAAGGCUGCAUCAUUUUCUCUGCUUAAAUCUCUUCUUUAGUUAAUUAAUUGUGUGGUUUAAUUUUGUAGAAUGAAGAUACUCUUGGGUUGGUCACCGAGGAAAUGGAGGCUGUGUCUGUUACAAAUGAACCUGAACCACAGUCAAAAGUUUCAAAGGCUCAGAAAAGAAGGGUAGGUUAUAAUAUAAAGAUAUACACAGUUGUUAUAAAAAAAAUGAUUAAAAAAAUGAUGAUGAUAAUAGUAAUAAAAGUGGAAGCUGACGUAAGAGGACACCCUCAGGACACAAAAAAGGUGUCCGUAAUAACUGGAGCUGGCCACUUUUGGGAAUGUAAAAAUACAGAGUUUGUAAGGCAGUUGAAAAAAACGGUGAAGGUGGCCAUAAGUAGAGCUGUCUGCUUACGAGAGUGUUCUUGGAAGGCUAACUUCAUAUUGAACAUUAUUUUGUAGGAGUGCAUACUAUUAUUUUAUUAUUAUUAUUAUUUUUCUAUUGUUGUGCUACAAGGACAAAAAGGCUGCUAAAGAAAAGGAAAGAGAACAAAGAAUUGCUGAGGCUGAACUAGAAAAUGUACAUAGUGCAAGAAAUAUAGAAGCUGAAAAACUAAAAGAAAUCUUGACUGCCAAAGGCUUAUCAAUCAAAGAGGUAAUCUUGAUAAUUUUGAUCCCAUUUUUUCAGUUGUCAAUGUUUUCAAUAAUAUUAUGACCAUGUUGUAUUACUCAUUCACAGAAUGAAUUUGUUUUCAGAUCACCCCAGAUGGAAACUGGUAUGUAACUCCAACUGAUGUAAUUUUUUGCCUUAUAUAAGCCAUUAGGAUGGGCUUUGUGUUGUGGGUGUAAAGGCAGCAUGCAAUAAAGCUGUGUCCAAUAGGCUAGAGCUAGUGGAUUUUGCAAUUAGGCUGGAUACUCAGACUGUGUGGCUGGCAGGAUUAGUGGGGGAGUGCUUUUGUCUUCUGGCAGCAGAGCUGUGAGAUGUUUGGGAGCAAGUCAAAUUUUUUCCCCUGACGUUUUGUCACUUGCAAAAAUUCCUCGGAUCUCUGCCACCAAAAAAGUACCCUGCACAUAAGCUACAGUGACUUCUGUUCUUCACUUGCCUAACAGGCAAGUGAAAUAUUCUGGGGAAUUCAAAUUACAGCACAAAAUUAGAAGAAGAGAAGGGCUAAAUUCCCUCCAUUAAAGAAUAAAUUAUUAAUAAUUUUAUUGUCUGGGUGUUAAUUUCUUACCUGAAAUGCUUUUGAAGAUCAGACAGAGGUCUUCUUAUUUUGGAUGGUCACACGCAAGGUAACACAAUGUAGCAGUUUUUGCAGAGGGUUUAAUUUGUAGGUUUGCAGUUGUGACAUAAGGUCCUGUGACCGCAUCCCCAUUUAACCCUGAUCUUAACACCAUAAGACGUCACGGUAUGCACACCUGCAUCUGCAUUUAAUUUUUUGGUACUCAGCGAAGAUUUUGCCCGUAGACUUUAAGACUAUAUCACAGGUUAUACACUAAGUUGGAAAAAUAUGAAGUAGGUGAGUCGGGGUUUUAGGUGAAGUUCUUGUCCAUAAACCCUUUGGCAGUUGUUUCACUUUGUAUCUCGUAGCCUGCGAAUACAGCUGCCUCUCCUCGCUUCCUGUCGGUGGGAACGUUUCGUUUCUCUCUCGGGAAGUGUCCCACCAACCACGCGUCAUGGGAGGCGGUCGUUUUCGUAAGCUAUACAUUUCUUAGUGUAAAGACGAAGUUUAUUGUCAACCAACACGUAAGUAAUGUGGAUUGCUCACAGUGAUAAAGGGACGAGAUUUCUUUUUCUUUUCACAAAUUAACUUAAACAAGCGUUGAAAACGGCAAGUUUGGUAUUAACUGAUAAAAAUUGUGUAAGUGGUAAGCUUGUUUUGACCGAUGCCGUCUCUGACGAAAACUUCUAUUCAUUCAUUUCUGUAAAUCCAAGCUGUGGUUGAACGUUUUUAGUAAAGACGGAUGUUUCUUUAACAAAAAGUUUUUGAGGCAAACGGUUUUGAUUUUGUUUCUUGUGUUACGUUUGAUAAUCGGAAGAACGCCAAUUGGUGAGAAGGACUGAAUGAUUUUUUAGCAUAAGAUAAAUGGUCGAAUAUCAUCAUGAACUUCCUUCUGUAGUAACAUUUUCAUCUCUAAUUCUUUGUUUUCUUGUUUUUCACCAGUUUAUAUAAUGCCAUCGCAGAUCAGCUGUCCAGACGAAAUCAACAGGUACAAUUCGUUUUAGUUUAGCAAGCCGCCGGGAAUUUUCCAACAUAACUUGUUUAAAAUUUCUUCAUUCAUUUCCUUUUUAGACAGAAAUGCAAACGUUAAGAAAACUUGCAUCAGAUUAUAUGCUGAACCACGAAGAAGACUUCCUGCCCUUCUUAACGGAUACAAAGACCGGCGAGGUCUACACUCCAGGUACGCUGACAUUAAAUAGACCGUUCCACAAUUUUUUCAACUUUUGACAUGAACCAGUUAGGGAAAAUCGGUCGACACCACUGGAAAGAGCGCCUUUAAAUUGGUGAACUUGCUAAGUUUGAAAGUGUGACAUCUUAAGCGAGCGAGGAUACAACUCCGCAACGUUACGAAAAUUUACAGACGUUUUGUUUGGUGAGGAGCAAGUUUGCGUGGCCACCAUACAAACGUCUGUAAAAUGUCGCGAUUUUGAGGAGCUUUUUCUUCGUUAAUUUUCAACAAAUCACUUUCAAACUUGGCAAUUUUACCAAUUUUAGGGCGCUCUUUCUAGCUGAGUUGACCUUUUUUUUCUUAACUUGUCCAUGUUAAAAGUUGAAAAAAAAAAAAAAAACACGUUGAUGGGUCUAUUGGAAACUACAGUCCACUUACACCCUGUGGUCAUCCUGCUAAGACAAACGGCAACUGAAUCCCAGGCAAAAUAGACCGUUUCACGUCGUUUUCAGUUUUUGACUGGGACCACUUGGUGAAAACCCGUCAUCAUUGCAGGAAAAUCGCCUUAAAAUCAGCAAAGCUGGCAAGGGCAAGAGGGAAUUAUAAAAGCUGCCUUUCCGAUUCACUUCGCCUCAUCCCCCUCCUUUCCCACUCAUCCAUUAAGGCCUUACAAAAAUACAGACGUUAACGUACGAAACGUGGAAACUCUCGAUUCUACGGACUCCCGCGGUCAACUUUUUUUGGUUUCUACACUCCAACUGUAAUCAACUGUAUUGUGUCAACUCUCGUGAUAAACAACACCGAACGCAAUCUUUAAGGAGCUUAGACACAAGAAAAACCUCUUUCUUCCAUCUUGUGCCAUGACCUUUAUCAUUUUGGUUAGAUUAACACCUGUCUUUUCUAUUGCUUCUAGUUCUUUUACCUUUUAAGACCAACUUUGCAGUCUCAAUGCUUUCAAGCAAGUUCGUCCAGCAUGACUAAUUAUUUUCUGCACAAGAAGUUACUUUGUGUUGCUUUCAAAUCCAUGUGGCAGUCUCGCUAAUGUUUCGACAACAACGAGGUUGUGUGUAGUUGGCUGAACUAGUCAGUAAAAGUCGACCGACCUCUUAACAUUUAGAUUUCCUCAACUGAUACUAGUCAGUAAAGCAGAUACCUCAGAGGGACUCAAAGAACCACUGAAACUGAGCCUGAUACGUUCUUACGCGAGUCUCUCUCUUCUUGACGAAAAUAAUACCUGUAAUGGAAGAACACUAAACUUAUUAAAGAGGUCUUGAACUAGAAAUCAGAAUUCACCAAAAGGUCACUGUAAUCGUCUGUCCCGCCCUUCAAAUUUCACUGAUGAGCUGUAGUUUUAAAUGUUCACUGUUUUUUCAAACUACCUGUUCUAUUCUGAUGUGUAGUGUCGUUUUAACCGUUUUGUUGGUAAUUUUCCGCGGUGCGUUUCCUUAUCUAAGGACCGGGAUUUUUCUUAAUUGGAUCUUUCCCUUGCAGAUCAAUUUGUCCACUACUGUGAAGAGCUUGCUAACUCGCCUGUAUGGGGAGGGCAUUUAGAGGUAGGCGACCUAAGGCUGUUAUUUCUAACGAGUAGUUGCUAUUUUCAUAGACGGAUAGAUACCAUUGUGAAAUACGGUUCAUUUACACACAGCCACGCGACUAUGCAACAGUAAUUUGCUCCACAACCAUCAGAAACGUUUACAAUGAUGACAUAUCUAAACCCUAGCCCACAGACAAAAAGGAGAAAAAAUUUCUUGAACCUUACAAAGGGCGGGAGGGUGGGAAAAGCUGUUGCCCAAAAACUGAAUCACGUGACAAGUAUACAGACUGGUACUGUACCUCGUGCCCAGGUUCCAUUCAGAGUGAGAGCCAAGGAAACAAUAAAACAUCUGGGCCGAUUUGUUGUUAUAUUUGAAAGGUUGAUUUAGUUUCGUUAAAGUGUUCUGCGCGCCUUACCUAUCCAGUCUUCUCUUCCUCUAACCAAAUAAACUAGCUAUUGAGUACAAGAACUAGGAGUUCCUAGACCUCAUUCAUUCUAUCUUCAAUAGAUUCAAGCCUUAUCUCAAGUGUUAAAAAUGCCGAUAGAGGUUUACCAAGCGAACGCACCAAUACUCAGAACAGGGGAGGAGUACGACUCACAACCAAUCUUACUGUCGUAAGUUAUAAUAGAUUCGUAAAUCUUCUUCCUGGUUUUUUGUCCAGUGUUAUGCUCGACUUGUAGCCGAUCUCUGUACAUGAAUCCUUGACGUUGUUCGCGGCUGCCAAGGAGAUUACCCCUUAGUUUUCAUGAGUAUAGUUCGAUGAGCGCUGACGAUGAAUACAGUGUACGUUUUUAUUUUCCAGGUAUCACCAUCAUGCAUAUGGUCUUGGUGAGCACUAUAACUCUGUCGUCCCUGCGCAAGACAUCGUGGAGAGCUAAUACUCUUUUGUUUUUAAAUUGUACCGAAGAAAAACAAUAAAGUACAC